CGCUACCGCCCACUGCUGCGCUUCAGAUACUGCGAUGGGCAAGCCCACAGGAUCUUCUAACUACUCGGUUGCUGAGAUGAACCACAUGCUGGAUAUAGUCCAGCGCAUUCUACCGCAAGGCAAAGAUCACUGGGACUAGGUAACCGCACGCUACAACGCAACACGGUCGAAUCAUUGGCCUGAACGAGACAUUGAGAGUCUUCGCCGUAAAUUCAAGGCGCUGUACGGAAUGAAGAAGCCUUCGGGUAACGCUAACAUCCCUGGUCAUGUCCGCCUGGCCAAAGACGUCAAGAAGCUUAUCGACGAGGCCAGCUCCGUUUUUCUUGCCAGUGACAAUGAAGACGAGAUUGGGGAAGGCGAUGGUGGCGCUGUCGAUCGGUGUGAAGAUGGCAACCAUACGAGUCAACUCCGAGGUGAGAGCGAUGAGUCCGACAUCGAGAACGAGGACUUCAACCUGGUGGACCUUCCGGUUAACGAGUACGUGGGUAGCGCUGAUUCUCUCCUGGUUGAAGAAGCCGGAGAUGCCGCAGAAACAGAGAAGACUCCGUCCAAACUGGACAGGUUGACGGCUACGAAUCAAGUGGUGCGUGCAGAUUUGACGGGGUUAGAGUUGGAGUUGGCCGAAGCAGCCAGUGCGGUGGCUGCCACACCUUCGUUUUCAGCCAGCACCGGUGUCGCGGAGAGUGGCGAAGUGACACUCAGACGCAGCCGUCGUAAUAAGGCGUCCCUAGUCGCAUCUGUUCCGACCCCAAAACGCUCAUUCAAGUCACGGAAACCUGCUAAGACGAGUGAGUCAGCGAGGCCGCAAGCCCGUAUGUCAGCCGAAGUUCGCGAGAAGCUACAAUAUCCAGACCUUGCUGAGAGCUCGGAUCGCUUAGGCGGUGUGAACUUAGCGGCGAUGCGAAACGCAUCCAACAGCCGCACGUACGAGGAGUUUGAGGAAGCGAGUUAUUCGAAGCAAAAGCGGAUCAAAGCUGAGAAGGCCGCCUCAGAUCUGAAACGGAAAUUAGACCGCGCCGCGCAGAGUUCCGCCGAUAGUGGAAAUGAGUUGGUAAAGACGAUUAUGGUGUUGCGUGCAGACGCUGACAGGGAGGACCGUGCCCGGAUGGAAGCUGCAGAGUCGAAACGAGCCGCUGAGCGCGAUGCACGCGAGGAACGGCGCCGCGAAGAGCGCCGGGAAGAGCGAGAAGCGGCCGAAGAACGUCGCCGCGAGGAGCGGCGUGAAGAGCGAGAGGCGGCUGAAGAACGACGCCGUGUGGAUCGGGAGGAGUCUCGAGCGCACAUGCGAGAGAUGCUGAUGAUGUUAUCUGCUAUACAGAACGGAAAAAUUCCUGCUGUAGACAUCUGA